AUGCUGGUGCCAGUACAGUUAAAAAUUGCUCGGGAAAGGAAAAGCGAGGAAAGUAAACAGUUCGAUGAAAAUGGAGACCAACGAGAUUGGUGGAAAAAGAAGUGGUCAAAGCAGCACGACGAAAAAGAAAAUUGUUACGAAGAACAAUACAGGAAUGUGAUAAUUCCAAAAUUGAACAUUUCUAUAAAAGGAUUGAUAACUCUCAGCGAAAACACUGCUGACAAUGAAGGAAUGAAAAUUGCAUACAAGGCCCAUGCAAAGUACUUAGCGAAACAUAAAGACGCAUGGAAAACCGAGGCGGUGGAUGGCUUCACUCCGGAUCAACUGUUCUUUCUCGGCUGUGCAUCGAUUUUUUGCCGCAAGACUGGAGAUUUCAAUGCGCUGGUGUUUCAGUAUAGCGGAUACUUACCUGAUGAUUUUAGAGUGAACGGAUUUGUUUCUAACCAUCCCGCCUUUGCUAGCGCCUUCCACUGCUCAUCGACGUCGAAGAUGAAUCCAAAGAAAAGGAAGGUCUGUGCUGUGGGCGCUGUUCUAGAUCUGACAACAAUCAGGCGACACCGGAAUGAGUAG